AAAGAUGAUGACAUUGAAGAGGGGGAUCUUCCCGAGCACAAGAGGCCUCCAGCACCAAUAGAUUUCUCAAAAAUUGAUCCAGGCAAGCCUGAAAGUAUCCUGAAGCUGACGAAAAAGGGGAAGACUUUGAUGAUGUUUGUCACGGUGUCAGGAAAUCCCACAGAAAAGGAGACAGAAGAAAUUACUAGCUUGUGGCAGGGCAGUCUCUUCAAUGCGAACUAUGAUGUGCAAAGGUUUAUUGUUGGCUCAAAUCGUGCCAUCUUUAUGCUACGUGAUGGCGGUUAUGCCUGGGAGAUCAAAGACUUUCUGAUAAAUCAAGACAGGUGUGCAGAUGUUACUCUGGAAGGCCAGGUUUAUCCUGGCAAAGGAGCAGAAGAAAAUGAGAAAGUGAAAAACAAAACAAAACCUGAAAAAGCAAAGAAGAAAAAAGACACGGACAAGAAAUCUAACAGCAUCAAAGAGGACAACCGAGCAACCAAACAGAGAGAGGAGCUAUGACUCCGGUAACCAGACUGAGUGCUGCCCUGCUGUUCUUGAAGGGAAACUAAAUAUCCACGAUUCCUGGCUUUACUUGGGGGCAAGGGGGGAAGCAGAGAUUACUGAAGUUAAGACUCCUGCGUUGAAAUUCACUAGUUUACUUAUUAAUGUUGGCCAUUUGUUUAGUUACAG